UUUCGAGCCUAUUCUUUACAAAGAAGCGCGACACUCGUAGAUAACAAAUCAUGUGGUAAUCUUCUUUCACAGCAUCACAGAUGAUUGUAAGUGUUACUAGUUGCGCCGUUUUAAAGUUGGCCUAUAAAUUCAUCAAUUCAUUCUCUCUUUGUAAUUAUUGCUUUAUUCAAAAUUAAAAUACGAUGACUAACAAAACUACCGCUGUUGUGCGCAGACUUAAACGCGAAGAUUGCCCAGUGGUACUCCAAUUCAUUAAAGAAUUAGCAGAGUAUCAGAAAGAACCUCAACAAGUUGAAGCUACUGUCGAGAAACUCGAAAAGGCAUUCGGGUUCGUAGAAGGAACUCCUGCUGUUCCUCGGGGCGUACUUGUCGAGGAAAAUGGAGAGCCGGUUGGAAUGGCAAUCUACUUCCCCAACUUCAGUACUUGGACUGGAUGUCUUGGGGUUUACUUGGAGGACCUCUAUGUUAGACCGUCUGUCCGGGGAAAGGGAUACGGUAAACUGUUGCUUUCUUUCUUAGCUCGUGAAACAGUUCUUCUGGGCGGAAAACGGCUAGACUGGUCUGUGCUGAACUGGAACAAAAACGCCAUUGAGGUUUACAAGCGUGUUGGCGCUAAAGCUCUGCAUGAUUGGAUUCACAUGAGACUGUCAGAUGAUGAACUAGAAUCGAUGGCAAAGGCUUUCCCAGAGGGUGUUCUAAUUGACUGAUUAAAUUGCAGUUUAUCUUACUCUUUAAGAUCUUCAACGACUCUUGUUGCUACAAAAAAGUUCAUGAACGAAGAAAGAAAUGGCAUGUGUAUACAGGAAGAAAAACAACUUCAUUUCGCCUAGACUCGAUAUUAAUAAGAAUUUUAUCUUUGAUUUGUAUAUUUCUCGCAAGCAGA